AGCCAUUGGUAGCUUAGUGCGUUUUUAUAGUGGGAAAAAAAUACCCAUGGAACAAACUAAGCGGUAACAUUGGAUAGAAGAAACUAGAGCACCUAAGGAAAUUCAAGGACUGCAGGCCCCGUUGGUUAGUGCUUGCCAACUACGUAGCAGUGUCAAGUGAAUAGGCGGAUAUCUCUAACCAUCUAGCGGUACACGUAAUCGUCCCUGAAACACACGAAUGCCGAGGUGUUAUUCCCUCCUCUUUUUUUUUCUUUUUUUUUCUCUCGUUCUCUCGAUCAAUCGGCGUCACUUGUUGGGGCCAUCUUAGAUCUGUCCUCGGGUGCCACGCGGCUUGCGAGAAAGCGCGGUACGCCCCUCCCAGGAGCGCCCAAUGCACGCACAUCCUCGCCCGCUUUGGGAAAGCUGCCGCAUUCUAAUCUUUCCUCAACCGCUCGCAGAUAGGAGGAAACUAAGCCGGUAUGAAGUAAUCUGGCCUCAGCUUCGGCAGGCUGCCCUUCGAGUCGGAAGGGAGAGAAUAAAAAAAAAGAGUUAAAAAAUAUCGUAGCAAGGGCGACAGACUCCGCGCCGUAAGACACGGGGAGAGGGGAAAGGCAAAGCCAAAGAGCGAUCGCCGAGGGCACGGAGUAGGCGAAUCAAAGCGCGCGUAUCUGUCAGUAUAGACGGACACUCGGUCUUCGUCACCGCGGGGACCACAUCGUCUCCACAGGCUGCUUUGUCUUCCCCUAACUGGAACCAUGGCGAAACGCUGUCAAUCUUACGCGUUCGUGCUCCUGGCGGCUUCUCUCUCCGCGGGCGUGCUGAUGGUGAACGCUGCACCCCAGCAAGAUUCGUCGUUUGGACUUGGCGCCUUGUUCCGACCCUCCGUGCAAUCGAACUCCGAACUGUCCACGAGCUCGCCAAUUGGCGACGCUGCCCGCUACCUGGACUCCACGGGUAAAGUUUUCGACUCAGUUGUUCCAGGGAAAUUUGCCGAGAAGCUAUUGCCCAAGUUUGACGACCAGAAAGACAAGGUGUGCUACGAGUUCGUCGGCUGCUUCAGCAACCGGGACAGGUUCACACACCCGACCUCGUUCCCCAGCGAUCCGGAGUCUGUGGACACCAAAUUCCUGCUUUACUCGCGCUCCAACCGGCGCUCGCCCGUCAAGCUCGACUACCGGCCCAGCAAGAGCCUCGGCCGCCUCGCCCAGUUCGACCAGCGCAAGCCACUCAAGCUCAUCGUGCACGGCUUCCUCGAGAGCAGCAAGGCUCGCUGGAUGCAGGACAUCAAGGACGCAUUCCUGGACCUGGAGGACUGCAACGUGAUCAUCGUCGACUGGAGCGGUGGCGCGCAGCAGCUCAGCUACAUCAAAGCGGCGGGCAACACGGCGCUCGUGGGCCGCGAGGCAUCGCUGCUCGUGCAGCGGCUCAUCGACACGCACCGCGGUACGCUCGGCCCGGACCAGGUGCACAUCGUGGGUUUCAGCCUGGGAGGCCAGAUCGCCGGCUUCUUCGGCAGACACUUCAAGAACAGCACCGGGACGCUCAUCCCGCGCAUCACCGCUCUGGAUACGGCCGGACCACUGUUCGACAACACAACCGUGUGCCUCUCAGAAAAAGACGCCCGCUACGUGGACGCCAUCCACACAAGCGGCGGCAAGGCUAUCGUGGUAGGCGAACUGGGCAUCGACCGGCAAGUCGGCCACGUCGACUUCUACCCCAACGGCGGCAAGAAGCAACCAGGGUGCAAACCACUCGAUCUGCCAUGCGACCACUUCCGGGCUACUGCUUACUUCCUCGAGUCCCUCCGCAACACGCGGUGCCGCUUCUUGUCCAACCCGUGCGCCGGAGGAUACCGGGCACUGGAGGAGAACAAGUGCCAGUCGCGCGGGCAGCGAGGCCUCAUGGGUUACUUCAGCGACACCGUUGCUGGGAGGGGCGUCCAAUUGCUCACCACCAACGAAAAGUCCGAAUACUGCAAAGCAUAGAGCUCUCAUUCGUCGCCGUCUUUUCCCCAGCACGGAGCGCCGAUGCUCGGGACUGCGUAGCCGAGCAUCUGCUGGCAAUGUCCAAACUUUCAGAGCAGUUCAAUACCAGCACGGCCGUCGUCGCUUGCGGUGACUCUUGUCGCGACGUCUCAAACCGGACAAAGCCAAAGCGUCUCCUUUCAACCCUUCUCGCUCGAGUGCAGCGAGCGCCCUGAACUGAAAUCGCACGGAGCGAAAAAUUAGCGUGCGCGCGAAGCACGGCAGCGACGCUGCAGCCGUGAGUAAUCAAGCCGGAAAAUGGAAGUGCCUGAAGUGGAGCCUCCAUGGCAGGUAAAUUGAAGAGAUAUUCGGCACGCGCGUGCACACCAGGUCCUGUGUGUGUGAGCGUCUAUUAAUUACUCGUUUUAUGUCGACUAUACUAACGUCAUGAAUAACUGAAAUAAAAAAAAAGAAAUGGCGUAGAAUAGUGACUGGUUGCUCGUUAAUGCGGUAAGAAUAGAACAAUGACCACUUCACAAAAUGAUGAAUUGGGCGAGUUGGUGUAAAGUUGGCGUGAAGGGACAAGGACGACAGGACACAGGAAAGUGUUCGUCAUCUGUUCUGUCGUCUUCUUCCCUUCGCGCUUUCCUAACCUUGGGAAGAGCGGCCUGAUGAGCAGUAAAAAAAAUGGAGUUGUCUACUUGGUCAACAAAUCCUCGAUGAUAUACGCGUAUGUAUUUGCGAUUCGCAAGAAAUAAAAGAAGUACUAGUUGCUUCCACAAUCAAGCCA